AUGGCCGUUGCGUGGAGUAGUCUUGCACCUUAUGGGCACGUAGUUCACUCGCUCUUUACCUUCAAGGCAUUGUUGAUUGGGCUAGCAUUAGCCAAUGUCAAGAGCUGGCAUUUCAUGUGGACGAUCCGGUUUCUACGCGCAUUCAUUCGACGCCUUACCGACACCGCGCCCCCGAAGCACCUGAGCCCACGAUGUCUUUUCCUGCCCGCGAUCUCCGCCACCCGCUCGCCGAUGCUAGAGUGUGACUACAACAUGCACAAGUCCAACUCGACCUACUUCACCGAUCUCGACAUGUCGCGGGGCAAUAUUAGUCUUGUCCUUUUUCGCAAACCCUUCAACCCGUUCCCUGGACCUAAGCAUUUCAUUAUGAUCCUCGGGGGCGCAAAUUGCGUCUGGCGCAAGGAGAUCGCACCUUACGAGGCAUACGAGUUGUGGACGAGGGUGUUGACAUGGGACGAGAAGUGGAUUUACCUGGUCUCCCAUUUCGUCAAGGCUGGCAAGUUCGUACCCAGCGAGUACGCGAUGCAGCCUAGCCCGACGGCGAAGAAGGGCAGAAAUCGAGGGAAUACUGAGAAUGACCCUCAAGAGGAUCCACAAAAGGCCGUGUUUGCGUCUUCGAUUGCGAGGUAUGUUUUCAAGAACGGAAGGAAGACUGUGCCUCCUGAAAAGGCUUUGUUGGAGUGCGGGUUGCUGCCUGGCGAUGAAGUUGAACUGGCUGAGGUUGAGAGGUUGCGACUGAAAUGGCUUCCUGUCGCGCAACUCAAGUCGGGCUGGGAUGCCGUUCACGAGUUGUUCGAGCCGGGGGAGCUUGCUCUCGGCCGGUACACUGACCUAUGGUGGCGGUAG